AUGUGGACUUAUAACUAUGCUGAUAGAAAUUACUUUCCAGGCGAGUACACUGCUGCUUAUAUCACCUGCAGUGAAAAGAAAGCCGACUGGAAGACUCACAAGAAGGUCUGCGCCGCCAACGCUCAGGCAAACGCAGGCUCCGGCACCCAGUCCGCGGCUGAUGCCAACGCCACUCAAUCCACCAAAGCCCUGGAGGCUGACUUCCCGAAGCCGUUCCAUCGCCUCGACGCAAAGACCUGGCUCCAUGACCGCACCGAAAAGGAUACCUACAAGUUAUUGAUCGACACCUACCGUCUCCGGCUGGACGAUGACUACACGUUCACCGGGGACGUUGAUGCGGAUAGCAUCUACGGCGGUGCCACUGAUGGCGGACGCGCUGGCUUCCGCCGGUUCCUGAAGCGCGUUGAACGCAACCCCGAUCUCCUUCCGAGGUGGUGGACCCCAGCCAAAGCGGAGGAAUGCAUGCGGUACGGCACGGAUUCCGCAAGCUGGAGCGAUCUUGGAUGCGCGGUGGAAAAGCACGACGUUAGCGAGCAUUACGGAAACCAAUUGAUGCCGAUGCAGCUGCGCAUGUUUGGCGAGCAGGUGCUUGGAACUGGACCCGGUGGGCAGAAAGGGGCAGCGAUGAUGAAGAUGCAGAUGGCCGUCGAGAGCGGCGGCGGCUCUGCCUCUACACAUUGA